GCACUGAUGGGUGACAUUGAAAGGCAGUUCAGGUGGGCACUGAUAUGUGGCAUUGAUGUGCACUGGUAUGCACUGAUAUGUGGCAUUGAUGUGGCACUGAUGGCCACUUGCACGUGGCACUGAUGGGCACUGGCACGUGGCACUGAUGACCACUGACAGGUGGCACUUCUGGGGCCACACUGAUCAUCAGGGCACACUGAUCAUCACUGUCAGCGUGACAGCUCGAGAGGAGAGAAAUGGCGAUAACCAGCAUUUCCAUGUUUACAUGUGAUCAGCUGUGAUUGG